ACAACCAACUGUAGUGCACGUAAAGCUAGGAUAAGUAAAGUAUCGAUGCAGGUGCGACUAUUGAGAUAUAUCGUUAUAUAUCGCUAUCGAGCGCAUACCAUUCGAUUGUACUUGCCGUGAGAUAGUUCGCCCGUUCGUAAGCGUAAAGUAGACCGUUUAAUUCUUUUUAUCCGAAAAUUUGAAGAUCCUGGAUCUGGUUCGUAUUGCGUGUCUUCCGGAGUAGGCAGUGAUUCAGAAGUCAUGGCUGAACUAGCAGCUUUGCUGCAUCAGGAAAUUCCUGAAGGAAGGCACAAUCUUGCAGACAGUCACACGAAUCUUGAACGUGUUGCGGAUUAUUGCGAGGCAAAUUAUUUUCAAGCAGACAAUAAAAGGAUUGCAUUAGAAGAAACAAAGAAUUAUACGACUCAAUCAUUGGCUAGUGUAGCAUACCAAAUAAAUACUCUCGCUUAUAACUUUCUUCAAUUAUUAGAUCUACAAACAUCUCAGUUAGCCGAGAUGGAAAGUCAAAUGAAUCAUAUAGCUCAAACCGUUAUGAUACAUAAAGAAAAAGUUGCUAGGCGAGAGAUAGGUGUAUUAACGGCUAAUAAAAUGACAGCCCGUCAAUAUAAAAUUAUUGCACCUGCAAAUCCCGAAAAGCCUAUCAAAUAUGUAAGGAAAAGCAUAGAUUAUACGAUUUUGGAUGAUAUUGGCCAUGGUGUACGUAGUAGUGGUACACCAAGAAGCAAACAAAGAGGAGGUAGCCAAGGUAGCGUUCAGAGCUUGGGUGCAACGUCUACCGGCUCUGGUUUGGGUGCUGCUAUGGUAGGACCUGCACCUACUACCAAGCCACCGACUCCUCCUCAAACAGUAAGGACUGGAACACUGAGUAAGGGUUCACGAGAAUAUAGAACUCCACCUGCGGUUGCUCCACCUCAAGUUCCUAGUCAUUAUGCGCCAAAUUAUCCAUUGGGUCAUCCACGACGCGAGCGUGGCCCAGGAUAUAGUACGUUGCCAUUGCAUGCUCAUACAACUUCUCAUUCUGCUCACAAUACCAAUCAUUCUACUCACACAAACAAUAUGACGCAACAUACUUCCCCACCUCAAGUGGGUACAGUCCAUCCAUUGCAAAGUCAUCCGCAGACUCCACCACCAGCACCACCCAGUGUUACAGGAGCUGCGGGAUACAUACAAGAACAACAUAAUAACAUGCCUCCACCACCUUCUCCACUGGUCGGUAUCAGUGGAGAUAUGGCUGAUUAUAGCGGGCAUCAUACUUUACCACACAGAUUAGCUCAUCAAAUUAGUCGAAGUAGCGGUGCUAGUAGUCCACCACUGCCACCUCCUCCACCUCCUGAACAAGAGGAGCAUCCUCAAUUUGGUAGACCGACUCCUUCCAGUGGUGCUAUAAUGCCUAUCGUACCGGAUGAAGAAGAUCUGCCUGGCUGGGUUCCAAAAAAUUAUAUAGAGAAAGUCGUCGCCAUUUACGAUUACUAUGCCGAUAAAGAAGACGAAUUGAGUUUCCAAGAAAGCUCCGUUAUUUACGUCUUAAAAAAGAACGACGAUGGUUGGUGGGAAGGAGUAAUGGAUGGAAUAACCGGGUUAUUUCCUGGCAAUUACGUUGAACCUUGCGUUUAGGCAUGUAUUACAUAUUUAUAUUUCUUAAGCAUUUUAAGUAAAGAUCAGUAUCUACAGUUAAAAGACUGCUAUUUUAAGAUACAUAUAAAGGGGCUUUGUAAUUAUUUGUUAUCAUCGGUUAGCAAGAAGUUAUAGAAACGGACCGUUUAUAUGACGAUAAGCAAUCGAUAUCGAGCUUUAUAAAAUAUUUAACAUAAGAUGGUCCGUGAUUCGAGGGGUAGCGAAUAAAAUACUCUUUGGCUCUUCCAACGAUGUUACACAUAUUCAAUGUUCGUAGUCUUUUCAAAAAAAAAAAGAAAAAAAAAAAAAAAGGAAAAAAAAAUCAAACAAAAAUAAGCCAAACUUUACAAUGUCAUAAGAAAAAGUAUUUUUCUCUACUCCGUAAUAUACUUCUUCUCCUGCAAUUAUAAACUAGACGAUCGUCGUAAUAUCGUGUAAACCCAAUUAAACUGCGUAUCAUCCGCAAAAUAUAUUUAUGUAUCUUAGCUACAAUUAAAGUACUCGAAUAAUAAGCAAUCAAAAUACCAAACGUCCUAUCUAGUAAUAAAGUUUAAUGUAUUAUCGUGUACUGUGUUUAAUCACAGUAAAAAAGGAGGAGACUAAGAUGUAUCGCCAAAAUGUUCGAAAAGCGUUCAAACGCUCCUUCUGCAUUUCUGUAACAUUUUAUAGUACCUUUAGUACCUUUGGUACAGUAUUGCAGCGCGAUGCGUUUAUUUUAAUAAAAAUAAAAAAAUAUAUAAGAUAUAUA